GAACCGACUUAAAGGCAAGAGCACGGACAUCAUACUCACCAUCAUCUUCAUCAUCAUCACCAUCAUCUUCAUCAUCAUCAUCAUCAUGUCUCCAGGCCACGAGAACUGUAUCCUGCUGCUGAUUCUCAGUGUGUGCACAUCCAUGUGCUCAUGUUCUCAGCUGCUUUCGCAGAUCUGUGUUUCUGCUUCAAACUGUUUUCUAGAGUGUUUGACUGACAACAACAGUUCAGAUGUUCAGUCCAGAGAGGUCACAUGGUACAAGAUCAGAGAUUUUGUCUCUUCCGGUGUCUCGGGACGCAUCCUCCUCAACAGUACCAACAGUUUGGAUGUGGACCCGCAGUCACAUCAUCUCCUCCUGCCUGAUGUGACGUGCGUGGAUGCUGGCCUGUACACAUGUCAGGUGACCACUGCUGCAGAUGGAGAGAGCUGGCUGGGACGAGUUCUUCUUACUGUCACAGAUUGUUCUGAUAAUGAAGAAACGAUGACUGACUUUUACUGGCUCAUUCUGGCCUCAGCUGUGCUAAUGCUAGCUCUGCUAACAUUCCUGAUAAGCAACUUGAUUUUGAAAAAUGUCUUCAAGGAAAGGAAAAUUUCUCUAGUGAAAGACGUUGUUAAAAACUCACCAUUCAAACCUCUGGACCAACAGGAGCUGAAGUCAGUCCACACUCUGGGUUCAAAAACAUGCACCACGAACCAUGUGUGGGUGUGAAGAUAAUGUCACUGGUUCCGAAUGAUGACACACACCUUUGAUCUUUAUCUAAGGAUCAAAAAAAGUUCUCAAAGUUUCCUAAGUUUGUGCCAGUUCCAUGGCUGGACCUCGUGGGGACGGACAUUAAUUGUUCAUGUGUUAUGUGUGGGUGUGGUUGUCUGGUAAUUUUACUCUUUUAAAAGUGUGGGCGGUGAAUUAAAAGAGGAAGUGAAAAGAGAAGCUGCUACUGAACUUUAUGUUUGUACUCUGGAAAUUCCACUCAAAUGUCAGCACUAAGCCAUGUUUUUUUUUUAAGUUUCCAGAAAUAGUUUUUGUAAUUCUCUGUACUUUCUGUAGUCAUGUCUUUUUCAUUUUUUAAAAUUUAAUUCUUUGCUUUUUUAAAGUGUUGUAUUUAUUUGUUUAGCUGGAGAAGUGUUUUGAUGUUUUGAUUGUUUUUUUCUACCUAUUUUGCUACAUUUGGUAAAG